CUUUCUCUCUCUCUUCCUCCGACACUAGCAAGUAUUUUCACUUAUUUUGAGUCCAACCCUUCGAAUCGAUAACCAUCCCCUUUUGUUUUUUUUUUUUUCAUAUAUAUUCUUAAUUUGGUGGAGAAAGUGAAAGGCACGAGUUCAUAUGUUCAUAUUCUAAGAUUCAAAAUCUUGUUUCUAUAUGAUGAGGUCCUUCAAUAGAUAUUUACGGGUUUUGCCAUUAUUAUUAUGGUAUUUGUCAAUGUUGAACAUUAAUCUCAAUGGAAGAGGAGUUAUGGCCUUCCACAAGGUUCACCUCAACUAUAGAAUUGAUAAUGUCGUGGACGUUAAGAACGUUUAUAGAACUGGCUAUCACUUUCAACCAAAAAAAAAUUGGAUCAACGAUCCAAACGCACCCAUGUAUUACAAGGGAUUCUACCAUUUGUUCUACCAAUACAAUCCAAAAGGAGCCGUGUGGGGCAAUAUCGUGUGGGCCCACUCGGUGUCAACCGAUUUAAUCAACUGGAUCCCGUUGGAGCCGGCAAUCGUACCAUCGAAACCAUUCGAUAAAUAUGGAUGUUGGUCUGGAUCUGCCACAAUCCUACCAGGCGAUAAACCAAUAAUCUUAUAUACAGGUAUAAUAAACAAGAAACCAGAACCAGGUCAUCAAGUCCAAAACUAUGCCAUUCCCGCCAAUUAUUCGGAUCCUUACCUAAGAAAAUGGAUCAAACCCGACAACAACCCGAUCAUCAAACCAACACACGAAAACGUUUCGUCUUUUCGUGACCCCACAACAGCGUGGUUCAACAAUGGUCAUUGGAAAGUAGUCAUUGGUAGUAAGAACAACCAUCGAGGCAUUACCUAUUUGUAUAGAAGCCGAGAUUUUAUUAAGUGGACAAAAGCCAAACAUCCAUUUCACACGAAGAGUGACACUGGUAUGUGGGAAUGCCCAGAUUUUUUCCCAGUAUCAUCUCAAGGAACAAAUGGGUUGGAUACGUCAGCAUUAGGUAACGAUGUUAAGUAUGUUUUUAAGGUUAGCCUUGACAUGACUAGGUUUGAUUAUUACACGAUUGGAACAUACAAUGUCAUUAAAGACAAAUAUGUCCCUGAUAACACGUCAGUUGAUGGGUGGGCCGGGUUGAGAUAUGAUUAUGGGAACUUUUAUGCUUCCAAGACGUUUUUUGACCCGAUUAAGAAAAGGAGGAUUUUGUUGGGUUGGGCUAACGAAUCAAGCACUACCAAUGAAGAUAUCGCUAAAGGAUGGGCUGGAAUUCAUUUGAUUCCACGUAAGCUUUGGUUGGACCCAAGUGGACAUAAAUUGUUACAAUGGCCAAUUCGUGAAUUGGAUAAACUAAGGGGUAAAAUGGUAGAAUUGAGAAACGUAAAAGUCAACAAAGGUGAUACCAUUGAAGUCAAAGGGAUUACAUCGGCUCAGGCGGAUGUAGACGUGACAUUUACAUUUUCAAGUUUGGAUAAAGCUGAAUUAUAUGAUAAAAAAUGGGAGAAAUUCCCAGUGGAAAAUCUUGCUAAAAGUAUUUGUGGGAUAAAGGGGUCAAACGUUCAAGGUGGGCUUGGGCCAUUUGGGCUUCUUACUCUAGCUUCAAGCAAGCUAGAAGAGUACACUCCUAUAUUCUUUAGAAUUUUCAAGACCAUUGACAAUAAACAUAAAGUUCUCUUAUGUUCUGAUGCCACUCCUUCCUCAUUGAAUCCAAAUGAAUACAAGCCAUCGUUUGGGGGCUUUGUGGAUGUCAAUUUAGCCGAGAAGAAGCUUUCACUUAGGAGUCUAAUUGAUCAUUCGGUCAUAGAAAGCUUUGCAGAAGGAGGGAUGACAGUUAUCUCAUCUAGGGUUUAUCCGACACUGGCAGUUGCUGAGAAUGCACAUUUACAUGUAUUUAACAACGGUUCUGAAAUCAUAACAAUUGAGAGACUAAAUGCAUGGUCCAUGAAGACGGCUCGUAUCAAUUAAAUUCUGUCAAUUCAUGUCAUGUUUUAAAAAGGGUUGGGAAUAAUUCAAGGAUCGGUAUUAUGCCAUUUAUAUGUUAAAAAAGAGGGAU